AUGAACAUUAACGUGUCUUGUCAAGCCGACAUGGACCUCAACGACGAGUUCUUUGGUGCCGCUUUGGAUCGACUAAAGGAGAGCCCAGGACCGGACGUGUUGCAUCAAGGCAUCACAAUACCCAUCACAGAAUGCUUGUUUGUUCCGACAACAGGUGAAAUAGAAUCCGUCUCUAGUUCGUCUUCUGCUAUUAUGAAUGGUGAUAGCAGCGAAAGUGAUGAUCAAAUGUCUCUAAGCGAUUCCUCUGAAGUGCCACUAAGUGACGUUGAAAACGAAAACCCCACCAUUUUAAAUUCUAAAGAUUCAUCUUGUGAAUGUUUUAUCGAUAAUUUGUGCUAG